GGGGAUGCCUAAGAAUGGGGAACCAUCUGCCCUGAUGCUUCUACUGCCUCUGCUCCUACGCCUCAUCCCUGCUACAGAGACAGACACCGGGAAGUUACCCUCACCACAAGGAGUCUUCAUAGAAUCAACCAACAUGAGGCACUUGCUGAAAUGGCGCCCCCUGCAGGUCCCCUGCCACCCUGUCAGCUACUCAGUACAGUACCAGGGGUAUUUUGAGCUGUUCAUUAAGAACGGGAGCUGGGAGGACGCCCCCUACUGUCGGAACGUCGACGGCGCCGCCUGCGACCUGACGGUCGGCUUCGGCUCCGACUCCGAUUACAACGUCCGCGUGAGGGCCGAGUGCGGGGGCCGCGUGUCAGACUGGACCAGGCUCGGAACGCCGUUCAACCGCAGAGAGACCAACCUGACGGCGCCCAAAAUGAAAGCCGCUGUCUCCGGGGACUCCAUCCACGUGGUGUUUGCGGACCUCACCGAGAUGGUGGACGUGACCCUGAAGCACUGGAGGGAGGGCCUGGAGAAGGAGGCCUCCAUCCAGCACAUCAUGGUGGAGAGGAAUCCCUUCCACCUGGGGGGCCUGGAGGAGGGGGCCACGUACUGCCUGAGCGCGCAGACCGUGGUGCACGACAGAAGAAGCGCCAGUACAGAGCCGCAGUGCUUCAGCAUCGCUGUGUCUCCGGAAUCUGCCCGCGGCUGGCUGAAGCCCACCGUGGCGUGCGUCGCCGUGGUGAUUGUCGCAGGUGUGGGCCUCGCGGCAUUUUGGUCUGUGACGAGGUGCUACCCCACCCUCCUGAAUACCUGCUGGCCCCAGGAACCCCUGCCAGAUGCACUGCUCCGCAGGGAGGCCAACACCAGGCUGAGAGUCCUGCCGGAGGAGGAGAUCCACGAGCUGUGCCAGCCGGUCCUGGUUCUGCUUCCAGACCCGGUCUGAGGGAGGGAGGGAGGGAGGGAGGAAACGAUGAAGAGGAGUGGAUCUUCCCACGCUGAGAGCAAAACCCUGCACGCUCACCUGGACCACAGCUCACCUAGAUCAGACGUCAUCUGGACCAGAACUUUACCGGGACGAGAACCCAUCAAGAGCAGAACACAAGGUCCAAACAUUACCGGGACUGAAACUCAUCUAGAACAGACCACACCCAGGCCAAAACUUACCUGGACUAGAACUAGUCUAGAACAGAAGAAAAGGUCCAAACCUUACCUGGACUUAACUCAUCUGGAGCAGAACACACCAGGGCCAAAACUUACCUGGACUACAACUCAUCUAGAACUAAGCUAACCUGGACCACAGUUCGCCUUCACUACGGUUUACCUGGGAACUAAUGAACUCCAUUUCACAGAAACCUAGCAGAAACUCAGAGGUGCUGCUCAGUUGUGUGAACAAACUCUUUGAAUAAUGACGGAUUUACUGUCCAGCAGUUAGCAGCGUGGUUCAGGUCAGACUUGCUGUUUGACUGCAGAUCAAAUGUUAAUUCGAUCUACAGAUGUUAACAAACACUGUUCAACCGGAGAUGUCAAAAUGAGCGUUGAAGCAUUGUUGAUAUUGUCAGUAUUUCUUAAUGUAAAUGUGUAGUCAAUGAAGUCAAUGAAUGAAGCAUUACCAGAAUAGGAAGUGCAUUAGCAUUUUAAAAAACGAUUUCACAUACAGCUCAGAAGUAUUUUUGUUUUUUUGCAGAAAACUACUGUCAAUUAUCGUAGAUUGAUGCGAGUAUUAUUUCCGCGGGAGUACUGUAUUUUUCCAAGACACCAUUUUUCUGAAAAGCUAUUUCUGUAAAAUAAAAUUAUUUUCUACCUCAUA